GCAAGCUCCGCGACGCGGGGCCGGACGGCGCCGAUGCAGUGGCGCGAGCAGCCGGUUCCGCGGGUUUUCUCCCGAGUGGCUGUCGGAGCAGAGAGAGCAAGCGGGCUCGAUCAUCUAUCUCCUCCUUUUGAUGGCGGUGUGUCAGGGCCAGGUGAAUGACAGAUGCUAUAUCUGUCGUAGAGCAGUACUGUCGAUAUGCCAGUUCCAAAAAUGUAAUUUUAAGAUCAAACAAACAUGGAGAGUUUAAUAAAUACAUCGUCUAUAAAAAUGUACGGUAUAAGAAAGUCAACCAACAUUUCGUGUUUAAGGAAAGUAAAUAACUGCUGUAUCUUGGCUGCAAGAUCUCUUGGUCUGUAUGGGAAUGAAGUUGGUUCCAUUCACAGGAAAAACUUGGCCAUCCUCUGUCAGUUAGUAUGUCAGAAAACUACAACAUUUGAGAGAGUUUGGACAAAACAAUCAAAUUCACCAGUGAUUUAUGAAAAAGGAAAGAUUUAUCUCGACAAUUACAGAUGCUGUUUUAUCAGUACUGGCCCUCAGCCGAUCUUGCUUUAUGAAUUGCCCAAACUCCAGAAGUCUGAGAAGAUUGAGGAUGUUCUACUUUGUGAGUCACCUGUGGGAGAAAUGUUACCCAAGCCAUCAGAUCACAAGCCUGCGAUCUUGGCUCUUACUGCGAACAAUUGGCUUAUCCGCAUGUCUACCAAGACUGCAGAGACUCUCGAAAAAGUUUACCUCUCAUCUCAGUGGAAGUUCAGGUAUUUGACAUGGGACAAUACUCAAGAGACCUUAGUAGUAAAGACUACACAGAACAAACUGGCUGCCGCCCGAUCGGGUAGAAAUCAACACUCAAUUCUUUUACAUUUAGCUUUGUUCAGUGUUCUACCUCUUAAGUUUAUCGGAAUGAUGGGUAUUGACAAAAAGAUCUUUGGAAACAAUGUAACAGACGCUACUGUUUCUCAGGGUGUACUCAUUGUGACACACAGUGUGGGCCUGGUCAAGCUUUACAGUUUUCAAUGGAUUGCUGAAAAGUUUACACAGAAACAAUGUAUUCUUGGCCAAAACUGUGAAUGGAAUAACACAACUGGGAUUGUAGGUGCAGCUCCAUUUGGAAUUCCAUGUAAUAUUAACAUAACAGACUGUCCACCUGUUCUAUUUGAAGUGGCUUGUCUUGAAAGUGCAUUGCAGAUUGGAGGAUAUCCCUGGCAUUACAUCAUUACACCUAACAAGCAAAACCAGAAGGGCAUCUACCAUAUUUGUUCUCUGAAGGAUAAAAAAUUGGCAGAGAAUGGAAUUCAAGAGAUGGAAAGUUUUUCAUUGGAAACUGACUGGAUAUAUUUCCAUCCAGAUGACUCAGGAAGGAUCAUGCACAUUGGGCCAACACAAAUUAAUGUAUUGCAGUUGAUUGAAAAAUCUGAAGAUGAGCAAAGAUGGCAGGUUUUACAAGCCUUUACUAUUUUAUCUAAAAGAGAAAGAAAGGUAGAGAACUCAGUAACAGUGACAGCCUAUGGCCGAGUUGUGAAAAGACAGUUUUCUCAAUUGGAUGAUGAUCAGUACGAGAUCUUUAAAAUGGUAGACUAUGAAGAUGAGCUUGAAUUGUUGACUGUUCUGGCAGUAGCUCCAACGGACAACGAAGGGAACGCGCGUCUUGAUUUUUAUGACAACCAAAUAGGCACUUUAAUUAAGAGUGUUUCAAUAAAGGAACCAUGGGAUGUUACCUACAAUCAUCAACUGUUCUUCGACAGAGAUACGAUAAUACAUAUAGAACAGCUGGCACAUCGAACAUUUUGCUGUCAUGUUUACAAACUGGUUCAGUGUUCUGGAGAUGGAAAUAAAAGAUAAACAGAACUGGAUACAUCAGUUUUUAUGUGCAAUAAACAUUGUUUUCUCUCACAUUUGUGGAAAUGUAAUUAGAAGAUUUAAGCUGGUCAACAGUGGAAAUCAACAUAUAAACAUUAUAGAUAACUUCAACUAUUUUAUUUGAAAUUACCUAGAAUAUUUAUAUGUCAAUUCCUAUUCAUACAAUCUUUGCAACAUCUCCAUAAUUUAAAUCAGCGGAAAUCAGACAUUUUAAAUUAAUGCUGAACAGCAUGGCAAAAUGACUGAAUUGUGUAAU